AAAAGCGGAGAAAAGGUUGAAAACACAAACAUCGCAUCGCAAAAAAGGACAGGCAUUCGUUUUUCUUAUCGUCGCAAAAAGUUCUCGGUUCGGAAACGCAUUAAAUUUCGCCUAAAAUUGGUGAAAACUUUAUUGAGAACAACUUUAAAUAGUGAAGUUUUAGUUGCAGUGCCUGGUUUAUUUAAAUUUAUGUGAUUGCAAAGCAUUACAAGUGACUCCAAAAAGAGUCCAUUUUGGGAAAAAGAACUUUUGUUUCAUCAGCUGUUUAUCUACAAAAGUGCUACACUAUUUCACAUCUGCAGUGGAAAAUAACUGGUUUAGAGUUCACGAUUUUAUGGUCCAGGAUAUUGUGUAUUUCUUGAGCAAGUACGUUCAGGUAAGGUGUUUGCGGUAAACGAUUAUAAAAACUCUCUUCCGAGGAGACGAACUGAAAUAAACAGCAAUCUCUCGCAGUGUUACCGAUAUCCGCAGUCGGAACAAAGAAAGCAAAGGUUAUACCUUGACGGUACCACGAGCUUCGUUUUUCCGUUGUGGAAAGGGGACAUCAGGAUGAGCCUCUCGUCGCGGGCCGACAUUGAUGCGGGUGGAUUUUUUGUCAACUUCAAUCAGGACUGCACUUCCCUGGCGGUCGGCUCUAAAAGUGGCUACAGCCUAUUCUCGCUAAAUUCCGUCGAUGCCAAUUUAGAUCAGAUAUACAACAGUUAUGGUGAGGAUAUUUGUUUAGUGGAGCGCCUCUUCAGCAGUUCUCUUGUAGCUGUAGUGUCAUUGAAUGCACCAAGAAAACUUAAAGUAUGUCACUUCAAGAAAGGCACCGAAAUAUGCAACUACUCGUACUCGAAUACGAUUCUGGCAGUCAAGCUAAACCGAUCUCGACUGGUAGUUUGCCUGGAGGAAAGUCUUUACAUUCACAAUAUUCGGGACAUGAAAGUGGUUCACACGAUCCGAGACACACCACCCAACACUACUGGGCUGUGCGCGUUGGCUUCCGACUCGGAUCACUGCUAUCUGGCAUAUCCAGGUAGUGCCACUGUAGGUGAGGUGCAGAUUUUCGACGCAGUCAAUUUACAUGCCAAGACAAUGAUUCCCGCACACGAUUCGCCACUGGCAGCGAUUGCUUUCAGUCAAAUGGGAACAGAAGUGGCCACCGCUAGCGAAAAAGGCACAGUGAUUCGAGUGUUUUCUGUGAGUGAUGGUUCCAAACUGUUCGAAUUUCGACGUGGAGUUAAACGCUGUGUCUCGAUUGCCUCGCUAGCGUUCAGUACCUGCUCGAAGUAUCUGUGCUGCAGCUCAAAUACCGAAACGGUACAUAUUUUCAAACUGGAACGCAAUUCACCGGAAAGCAACGACGAUCAGAGCGGCAAGGACCACUGGAUGGGUUACAUAAGCAAGGCGGUGUCCAGUUAUCUUCCGCUGGCGUUGCCCUCGCAAGUUACCGAUGUGUUCACCCAGGGUCGGGCAUUUGCAUCCGCCGUGCUUCCAGUUGCCGGGCUCAGACAUUCCUGUGUGAUCAACACGAUUCAGAAGGCCCUGAGAAUGUUGGUAGCAUCCCAAGACGGCUAUCUGUACGUAUAUCAACUACCCCUAGAGGGUGGUGAAUGUCAACUUAUCAAGAAGCACGAUCUCAGAAGCGUUGAACCGAUGAGUACCGUUCGUCCAGAAUCCUUACCGAUUGGGGUACCAACGACCUCACCCGCAGGUGGCACCAGCUACGCUGCUGCAGUCAAGGGUGGAUCGGUUCCGACGGUUACACCAACCAGUGGUGCUUCUAAUAUCACAUCUGGUUCGAACGAGGACGAACAUCACCAGCAAUGAAAUGGGGUUCUAUUGUUUUUUCAGAGAUACAGGUAUACAGCGAAAGGGUGGACGGUGAGCGAGUGAAGUAUAAACCAAUUGAUGAUCACGUGUGACGAUGAAGAAUAUAUUCUGAGAGCGAGAUGAUUUGUCGGAUUCAGGAUGAUUGAACGUCUCUAUUUUAUUCAAACAGUAACCACGUUAAAUGCGGUUUUUUGUUU